AUGGCCGCCACUGUUGCGCCUUCACAUGCUGCCGGCUUGCCGUCGUCAUCGGGCAUGCCUACGCCGUCGCAUUCCGCAAACUCUCACUCCCACUCUCAAGAUGUCUCAGGCGUAUCGACAUCCCCCGCGCCAAGUCCGUUACCACAGACCCGCAAGUUCAAUCUUCGAGAUUUCAGACGAGUGCGAACACUAGGGACAGGAACAUUUGCAAGAGUCUGCCUCGUCCGUCCCGCUGCGACCGCACACAUCCCCCUCGAUCACCAACUCAACCCCGAAGUCUACGCUCUCAAGAUCCUCCGGAAACCAGAAGUCAUCCGUCUUAAACAGGUCGAUCAUGUCCGCCACGAACGCGCUAUCCUCGCCGAUGUCGCAGGCCACCCCUUCAUCACAAAUCUGAUUGCCUCCUUUUCCGAUCAAGAUUCACUCUAUAUGCUACUCGACUACGUCCCUGGCGGAGAGCUGUUCACCUAUCUUAGAAAGUUGCGUCGCUUCGAAGAACCCGUCGCUCGAUUUUAUGCUGCUGAGAUUGUUCUGGUCCUCGAAUACUUGCACGAGCAGCAAGGCGGCAUUGCCUACCGAGACCUCAAGCCCGAGAACCUGCUCCUGGAUCAGGAUGGUCACAUCAAACUAGUCGACUUUGGUUUUGCUAAGCGACUUGGCUACCGCGAAGAUAACCGCCCAGUUGAGACAUAUACUUUGUGCGGAACGCCCGAGUAUCUCGCCCCAGAAGUGAUUCAGAACAAGGGUCAUACCGGUGCAGUCGAUUGGUGGGCACUGGGUAUAUUGAUAUACGAGUUCUUGACGGGUUACCCGCCAUUUUGGCAUCAGAAUCCCAUCGAGAUCUACAAGCAAAUACUUGAAAAGCCAGUCGUCUUCCCCCAAGACCCUCCACUGUCAGAAGAAGCCAAAGACAUGAUACGUUCUCUUUGCACCGUUGAUCGUUCCCGACGCCUCGGUAAUAUCAGUGGUGGCGCAUCCCGUGUCAAGUCCCACCCCUUCUUUCAAGACACAGACUGGGACGACGUCUUCAAUCGCCGACAUAAGGGUCCCAUUCAGCCCCCAAUACGAUAUCCGGGUGAUGCGCAAUGUUUCGACGUAUAUCCUGAGGAUGACGGGUCUCGCGAACCAUACGGCCGGGAGAUGGCCGAGAAGUACGACCCAUAUUUUGCUGAUUUCUGA